AUGCUCUUCUUCAUAUCAUUUGUGCGCUGGGUGCCCAUGGCUUCUCUUCCUUCCAAGUUUAUUCUUUUAGCGGGAAGUCAAUGGGCAAAGAUGGCACAACGGAUUAUACUUGAAGCGCUGGAUACUGUCACUAUUGAAAAUCUGAUGGCGGCCAUACUGCUCCAGGAUUAUGCAGUUCGCAUGGGGAAUUUUGCAAAUGCGUUCAUGCUCAGCGGGCUUACCACCCGUAUGACCCAAGCCCUUCAAAUCAACCUUGAGUUCAACACGGACAUACUUUGCCAGGAUACAGAAUCCGGUCCCUCGGCAACUGCUAAAGACUCCCGCCGACGGCUUAUGUGGAGUUGUUACGUGGUGGAUGCUCUCGUCGGCAGCGGAGUAGACCAGCUCACACUAAUGGACGAGAAAGACGUGAAGAUCCAGCUACCCUGCAACGAGCGGAACUUUGUCCAGCAGAUUCCGAGCUUUACAGAAACACUCGACCCUGGAAACUGGCUCAAAUUCAGGCCCGCCGAUUUAGAUACAGACACGAUUCUCCCUAACAUGGGAGUGAUGGCUUACUUCAUUCGUCACAUAUCAAUUCGCAAGAGGGUGCUCAAAUACAUCAAGCAUCUAGAUGAUGCUAUGGUCCCCUGGGCGGCAGACUCAGAAUUCACUGAGUUAGACACAGACUGCCGGAGGUGGUACGAGUCUCUUCCGCCUAGUCUACAAUUUACACCUGAUGCGAUCUAUAUCCGCAGAGAUUCUUCUCAACUGGGUGCCUUAUGCGUGCUACACUGCGCCCAUUAUCAAACGAUAUGUGAUCUUUAUCGACUAGGGGCUCCUGCAUUGUACAAGCUCCGCGCUGCAUUUGACUUCCCGCCUGAGCAGCAAGAGUUUCUUCGCCACCUCCAGCAGGUACUCUUUGAUGCAGCCAGAACUCUGGCAACGAUAGUCGGCGAGACAGUACAACAUGGAUCCCGUAUGUUGGCGGACUCGUGGCUUCCAACUAUUACCUAUGACAGUUGCCGCAUCAUGGUAUACCACUUAACUCAAGUGUUGGAUUCUCACGCGGAGAAGACAAAAGGCGUGAUGGCAGCAACUGUUCCGCUUCUUCACAGCAACAUCACUGCCCUGAAGUCGAUGGGGUCACUCAAUGCGAUUUCCCUCUCUUUGUGCUCAGCAGCAGAAACCAUGCUUGAUCGAUCUGGAAUUGAGUCUGAGGCAGUCACCCACAGCAUCAUUCCAGAUGACCCGUACCAAUUGAAUGCAGAGGAAGCCCAGAGUGAAAGUCUCCCAGGAACGCCCGUGCAAAGCGCACCCGACUAUGUUCUUAAUCCAUUAUCAAUCUUUCGAAUGGCACGAAAAUCGAUCCCCGAACGGCGUGCUCCAGAGAAGGCCGGUACAUCGUCAGCGCCUAACAGUGUGCAGCCAGAGUCUGGCACCGACGUAGACCAGUCGUCUGGUGGCUGGAAUGACACCCGAGAAUUAGGAACUAAUCCCUACGACAACGACUCAGGCCGUUCGAGUCUUGAGGAGCUCCAAACACUCUUCAUGUCAGACCUGGGAUGGGCAUGGCAGCCAGCAGAAACGGCAGUUGGGUCAGGAAUUGAUGAGGCGGGCUUGUUCCCAUGGGCCGGAGGGAUAUGA